CAUAGAAAGUGGAUAAAUCCUUUGCAUUUUUUAGCUUUUCCCGUUUAUCCUUGUCCUAAAGUCUAAUCAACACAAUGGCAGCGAAAUACGAUAACAUGGCUACCGUCGAAAAGUUUGUGAAAGAUACCUUAAAAUUAGUGGAAAAGACAGUGCAAGAAUGGGAAAUGACGAAAAAAUCUUCAAAUGAAAUACUAGAAUCCUUCUUGAAUCUUCAUGAACAACUAACGUGUUGUGAAGAGGCGGAAUUUCCGUCCGAAUUCAUGAACGAUUUUCCCGACGUGAAAAAACGUGUUAUCUAUAAAAUAACUAAAUGCUUGAACGACAAAAUGAAGAAACUCAAUAAUGUGAUGAAAACAUUUGAAGGACUACAAGAUGGUUUACAAACUGCUCAAGCUACGUUGUUGGAGAUAGUUACAUAUAGCUCAGACAAGUUUGAUUUAGAUGAUUUCUGUAAAGGCAAUGUGAACAGUCCACCAUUGACAAUGUUGUUUGAAUGCAUAAUUGAUAUCACUACUGGGUAUUCAAAUUUAUAUGAACAAACGAAGGAUUUAGUUACUAACAUACGAUAUGAUGACAAAUUGUAUUUCAAGACAUUGGCAAAAAAAUGGAAAGAUAAUUCCAUGCUCACUCAAAUAAGUGGUAAAAUAGAUUGAAUCCAAAGUAUCCAAAACAUUUGCUAUUGCAUAAAUAUGUAGAUUUCACAAUUGUUACUAUUUAUUUUAUGACAUACAUAGAGACACAGAUUAAGUCACUGUAUCCCAUAGUCGUAUCAUACAUUUUACUAAGUUCAUCCCAGAACUGCACAUGAUGUAAGACAGUAUAUAAAAAUACAAUUUAUCCACUUUAGGGAGACUUAAAGAAGUGUCAAUGUUUCUGGACCAUGAAAGACUGGAUCAUUGUUAAUGUUUCUGGACCAUGAAAAACUGGAUCAUUGUUAAUUCAAAGUGACAGUUUUAAAACAACAGUUCAUGUUCCAGAGAAGGUAUUUAAAAAAUUCUUCUCGUAAGCUCAGUGAGCACAAUUCUUGGGAAGAAAUGUGGACAACAAAGGCCAGGUUGAGCUCAGGAAAAGACAUGACCACAAAGCUGCUUACAGUGCCGUAUUCAUAAUAAUGAGGAGCAAGUUCAUACAGCCAAGAGGACUGGAUCUAGAAAAGAAAAAACGAAGGAUCCUGUCAUGUUUACUCAAUGGCUCAAACCCAGUCUUCAAACAAGCACGACGCUCAUGGAAUUGUUUUACAAAUGAAGAGCAGAUAUCUACAGCUGUUUGAACGUACAAGCAAAACUAUUUAUUGAGAAAACUUUUAAAUGACCUAAUUGAGACGUUAUUCCGAAGGAAAACACGAACUGUUAUUAAAUAAAAAUAAUGAAUAAGUCACAGCUAAGUCGGGUUACAAAAGAGCCAGAUCACCCUCUCCUCCCAGAAGAAAAAUAAAGAUAACAAAGUUUAUUUCAUCCUAAAGAAACUGCAGUCACCGACAAUUAAAAGUAACUAUCCAAUGGGACACGAUAUCUUGGCUUUGCAGAGGAAACCUGUCCCCAGGUCUUACUAGGUGCGCCGCUCAAUUUUUGCUAUCACCCACGUUCAACUGGGGGUCUGUUAAAUUGAAAACAUGCGGUGGAUAUAAAACGUUACUGAUUAUGAAAACUGCUGAUUAUAAACAAUCGUCGAUUAACGUACUCGCUUUUCAAUGAGGAAUAAUUUAGAACUCUAAAGUAAAUGGUUUGAACCCGGCAGUAUCGUUACAUGUUUGUAGAUGUAGAUCGUCCAGGUUAGUAUAGUCAUGAGAAAGACUAUUUGUGUUUAUGUUGACUGACGUUUCGACAACCUUAGCGGUAGUCAUCUUCAGAGUCAAAUGAGGAACAAACGUACCGUAGACGCACAGCUGAGCUUGUUGAAACGUAAGUCAAUAUCAACGAUCUUCAUGUACAAACAUUUAAUUUAGAACUCCAUCAUACCACAGUUAUAUCUCGCAUAAAUUCCUUCGAUGUUUGUUGCAACUCGUGAUAUACGAUCCUGUACAUAAAGAAAAAAAAACAAAAAAAGAAAAGAUCGAGAAAAUUU